GAGAUUGGGUUGUUGCUUCUGUAAUCGUCUGAUUGGCGAUAAAUCCUCUCUUCUUUCUCAUCUCUGUCUUCCUCUCUUUCUCUCUCUCUCUCUCAGCCCUAAGAGAGAAGCAAAAGGCUCUGCGCCUUUUCUUCAAGAAUUCACCAGAAAAAGUUUGAAUCUUUAACAGAAUUAAAGGUUAUCCUGGAAAGCUAUGUCGCAUAUGGUGUUUCAGAGCGCCGUCGCUCCCAAACCCUUAUCUCCUCUCAAACCCUGUUUACCUAUCCCUCGUCCACUAGCCACUCUGCCUUGUAAGCUCCGUCGUGGCUUCGUUAGGGCGUCCUCCUCUUUUCUUGUCGAUGAUUCAGUUUCGGGUCUCGAGCGCUGCUUACAAUUGCCUUCGGGAGUUGAGUUAGGCCCAUCUUCCUCUGCUUCUUUCUCUGCAAGUACUCAGAUGUCUCCUGUGAUGAAAGGGAAGUUUGGUUCGGUAGGAGCUGUAACUUUGGAAAAGGGGAAGCUUGAUAUGACCCAGAAGAUAUCUGAGACCAGCCCUGAGAUUGCAACUGGAGGAGGUGGUGGAAACAUUGGAAAGAGUAUCAAUAACGGUGGUGGCGAUGGAGGAGACGAUAAUGGUGAUGAUGAUGAUUACUUUGAUGAAUUUGAUGAUGGUGAUGAGGGAGAUGAUGAUGGACUUUUUAGGCGUAGGAUGUUCCUUGCAGAGCUUUUUGAUAGAAAAUUUGUUGAUGCUGUUUUGAACGAAUGGCAAAAAACAAUGAUGGAUUUGCCUGCUGGUCUCCGUCAAGCAUAUGAAAUGGGUUUGGUCAGCUCAGCACAAAUGGUGAAAUUCCUUGCCAUAAAUGCCCGUCCUACAACAACUAGAAUGAUCUCCCGUGCUCUUCCUCAGGGAUUGUCGAGGGCCUUUGUUGGCAGGAUGUUGGCGGAUCCUGCAUUUCUCUAUAAACUUCUUUUGGAGCAAGCUGCUACGGUUGGAUGCUCAGUUUGGUGGGAGGUGAAGAAUCGGAAGAAUAGAAUAAAAGAGGAAUGGGAUCUUGCACUUAUAAAUGUUCUUACUGUAUCAGCAUGCAAUGCAGCUGCUGUUUGGUUGCUUGCUCCAUGUCGUUCCUAUGGAAACACAUUCCGGUUUGACCUGCAAAAUACACUACAAAAGCUACCAAAUAAUUUGUUUGAAAUGAGCUAUCCUCUUAGAGAGUUCGACUUGCAAAAGAGAUUUCAUUCUCUUUUCUACAAGGCCGCAGAAUUGUCCAUUCUUGGACUUGCAACAGGAACUCUCCAGGGUUCCUUGUCAAACUUUCUGGCAGGAAAGAAGAAGAACAGAGUAUCUGUGACGGUACCAUCUAUCAGCACGAAUGCUCUUGGUUAUGGUGCAUUUCUUGGAAUAUAUGCAAACUUGAGAUAUCAGCUGUUAUGUGGAUUUGAAAGAUCGGUGAGCAGCCACUUUGAUGUCAUAGGAGUGGCACUCUUCUUUAGCACUGCCUUGAGGAUUAUGAACGUUCAAUUAGGGGAAAAGUCAAGACAAGUAUGGCUAGGUGUGGAGGCAGACCCACUGACGCAAUCUGAUGAUCUGCUUGCAAAAGCAUACAACCGACCCUCAGAGGAAGCAGCAAAGCCAUCUUCAAGAUGGUUUAUCUCAAAGAAUGCAAUUAUCUCAGGGCUACUCGGGAAGAAACAAGAAGACUCAGUUUCAGAUCCUCCAAAGGCUCGACGAAAAAGGAUUGUGAGGAAGAAGGUGGCUGCAUCUGCCUCUUAGAUAACCAAUAAAACCUCUUAAAUUUCGCAAUAUUCAGAGUCCAUGAAAGAGCAACAGUGAGGUUAUGUUGUUCAUUUGAGGCGCACAUGAAAAGUUUUGUUGCCAGAGGAAGAAGGGUCACCAAACUGGGGGAAUUGGGAAAGCUAUAUAGCCUUUUAUUCUUCAUGACUCAAAUCUCUCAAAUUUUAAGUGCUUUUGGGGAAAAGACAUUUCUAUUUUUUUUUAAGGUGUGGUGAUAUGCUAUCUCUGGUUAAAUCUCAAAUUGCCACUAUGUAUUUUCACCUUUAUAAUACCUUUCUCAAUGCUUUUUAAUAAAUAGCCACAUCUUUCAUGUUC